AUGGCGUCACAAACAGCUAGGGUUACGUUCCGCACAGUAUUGGCCAUUCUUGUUAUACUCAUACUCUUCUAUAUCGGUCGUCCUCUCUACUGGAAAAUUUCGUCGACUGUUCACGACAUCAGCCAAAACAAACAAACCGUCCGUGGAGGCAUUUCGCAGAUAAUCAAUGAAGCUCAGAAAUCAGUGGGUUGGUUUCACGACGAGUCUGAUUCGGGAGUCCACGAAGAUCAUAAGGCAACGGCGGCAACUGCAACUAGGAUUCUUCUCCGUCAGGUUUUAUGA